AUGAGCGACUUGCAAAAUGAAAUAAACGAAGCUGCAGUUGAAGCGUCUAUAGUUUCAGAAGACCCAAUUUUAAAUCAACUAGAAGAGCUAGUCCAUAAAAUUAUCACAGAUAUAAUUAAUGGCAUCACUUUUCCUAAUGAAGAUAAAGAUUCAGCUAUUUUUAACUUGCCUUUUAAACCGAAAAAAAUCACUACAGAGAAAUUUGUUUUUCUUGUUUUUUCUAAACCUAAAGCUCUUCCAGAACAUCAUAAUGAGCCUGCCCUAGAGCUGAAAGACAAAAUUUCAGAGCUUAAAGGUGACUAUAAUUUAAAGCCUGCAUUUGGUACAAAAACUCCUAAAAAUUUUUACGUUCCAUUAUCAUUUAGAGUUUCCUUAGAUUCAGCAACUGAGUCAUCAUCACGAAACCAAAACUCUAUAAAAACGCCUGCAAACUCAGAAAUAUCAAAUAAGCCACCCAAGCCUAAAAUAUUUCCUAGAAAAAGUGAAAUUAUUUCUGAGUUAAAUGAGACUAUAUCAAAAAUGACUGUUAAAUAUAUAGACAAGCUGAAAACAAUUAAAAAUCCAGGGCUACCAUAUGAAAAUAUAGGAAUUGCAUUUUUAGUUCUAUAUGAUAUUGAUGUCCUACGAUUUCACCCAUGAGAAGGUUUUCUAAGUUCUUUAGCCCAGCCAGGACUAAUUGUCCAAAAAUUAAGAAAAGUAGAAAAAUUAGUUGAGUCAAAUAAAAUCUCCGAUGCUCAUAUCCAGGAUAUCAAAACCCAUUUAUCAUGCAUUAAAGAAAAAGAUUUUGAAAAAGAAGAGUAUAGAGAGUUGGCUCAUUUAUAUAAAUUCCUAAUCUGUGUUUAGAAAUAAAAUGGUGGCGUUGACAGAAGUAGGCCUCCGAUGGACACUCACUAUUAUGGAGUAGGUAGGACCAUUCUGGUGAAGCCGAAAACAGGGCAUUUGUCAUUUUAGGUUUCAUAUAAUUAAAAUAUGGCGUCUUCGUCUGGGCAUGGCCUCCCGGCCAUGCAGCCUCGACUCAUAUUUUAAUUAUAUCCGGCAAGGUUUUACCAUUUCAGAGAUGGACAGCAAUGCUAGGUAAGCAAUUCUGGUAGCUUUCAGAGCCUAGCCCUAGUCUAUUCUCAGGGGUGGAUUUUUCCUCGUGGGGAAGGAAGGUGCAGGGUUGGAAAGGGGAAGCCCAGCAAAGUCCUCUGGACCAUUCGGGCAACUCCCUAGCGUGAAACUGGGCGUUACGUCCCAGCUUUGCAUUUUUCCUUUUUGCCGAUAGCCGACCAGAAAAAUCCAUUUUUUGGGUUUUUCGGAAAAGCAACCCAUGUAACAAGCAAGUAGCUCAUCCAUUAGCCGUCGAAGACGUGGACAUUUGCCCUAGAAGCACCCUGGUGAUCGAAGCGAGCUUGUCUCCAGCAAGUUGGUGGGCCCGAUGCGACGAAAGGCGAGUGAUAAACCUGGAGUUGUAACCCCGUAGUGGACGUUAAGCGAUAUAAAUUCUAAUGUAAUGUAAUGUCAUUUUAGGUUUUCAGAUUUGGGAAGCCUUGCUGAAAAGGGAGGUCUUGUUUCUCCCCUAGGUUUUCUGUCCCUGAAAAUGGGCUAGACAGAUUUUGUCUACAUACGGUCUUUCCUCAUCGGGACCAUCGGGCACUCUCCAGUCACUGGCUCUACCUUAAAGGAGCUAAAUAGGAAAUCCAAAAUGGCAGUUUUCCAUUUUCCUUAUUCGUACUCUAGAGUCUAUGUUAGGAGCCGAUACUCCGCUUAUUGCCAGCUUAAUUUCUUACUAACUAAGCUGUGCAGCAAAACUCUAUGAAGUUAACCACUCAAGGUCAAUUCCUGAAAAGCAGCCUAAAGCUAAAAUUCAAAAGUCUGCAUCUAUGAAUUCAUCUUUACUGUUAGGAAAAGCUACCUCUCAAAGCCCAACAAAAGAAGACGGCAGCACUACAAAUGUAAUAGAAAUCGCUGAUAAAGCUAUGCUUCAAAAAAUCAUUGAAAAAGAAAAAUUUAAUUUAGUCCUAGAGAAGCAAAAGCAAAAAAAGGCGAUGUGAGAUAGAGAAAGAGAGUUCAAAAAAGAGCUGAAAUUAGAAGAACAAAGGGAAUUUCUCAGAGAAAUUGAAUAUAAGCGAUCACUUGUAAAGUUAAAUUAGGAAGAAAAGUAUAAAAAGCAGCAAGAAGCCCAGAAGCAAAAAGAGAAAAGCGAACGAAAAGAGGUAUGUCAAAAGAAAAUUCUCGAAAACAAACUGCUAAAGCUGGCUAGAUUCCAAGAACAAGUAGAAAGCAACGAAAUUUUACUCUCACAAAGGUCAACUAAAGAAUUUUUAAACCAGCAAGCAGAAAAAAGAGUAGUUCCUGACGAAAGUUUAGAAAAGCAAAUAAAGCAGCUGAAAAAAGCCAAAAAAAGAACUCAGUAA